AUGACUGACAGCCCAGUCCGAAGAUGUUCGCACGAUUGUCUUGAAUCGCGUGCCUUGGGCGACAAGAGCAAGUAUGUUUGCUGCGCACAGCACGCCGCGGCUCGGCGCGACUUCGACGUGACCCUUGUGGACGCGAAGGACUUUUUCGAGUUCACCCCUGGCAUCCUACGCGCCUUUGUGCAGCCCAGCCACUUCGAAGCGCUCUCCUUUCACCUGGCGCCGGUGCUCUCGAAGAUUGGCGUCCGGUUUGUCACAGGUGAAGUGAAGAAACUGGACUACGAUGGCCAACAAGUGCUGGCAGAGGUGAAGGCUCUGGAGGGCGGCGAGGCGUUGCACCUGACACCCGGCUCGGGCCUUCAAGCGGAGCCCCGCGCAGCCGAGGACAUUUGA